UUCAUGUUGUGAAAUAGUGAGCUUCCGAAAUCUAGCUGCUUCAUUUCUCACGAUGUCAAGUGCAGAAUAGUUUGACUCUAACUCAGACUUUUACCAAGAACUGCUCUGCACAAAAUUUAUUAGAUACACACUGUACUUCUACUGCUUUUGCUUUGGCUGUUAAGAAAACAACUUUUAUAUCAUCAUAUCUACAAGGACUGUACCACACUGGAUCAACUAUUGCCUUCAAAAGGAAACAUGAGUGUUUCUACAGCGACAACCAUGGACAUUGAGGAAGACAAUGCAGGAUACAAGCGUCUUUUAAUGAAUGGCACCAAGCUACCAUUUUCAGUCUAUGCAUUGAAAAACAGUCCUUUCAAGACUGCAACACUCUGCUUUGGUGUGCUGUGUGCUGCCCUGGUGAUUGGGCUCAUAGGUCAAGCAGCCUAUUACAAGGGAAUCGGUAGAAACACUCAGGAGAAAAUAGAAGCCACGAAAGUGGAAAAAGACAACUUACAAGAGAAACUGAAGAGUGUACAGAACGAGAAGAGGAACAUGGUCGCCAAUCAUGAGCAGGUGCAAAAAAACUUGGAAUACGUGUCCAAAAUGAAAACCAAAAUGGAAACCAACAACAACCUACUGACUGCUGAAGCCAACCAGCUGAAAGAGAGUAAAAGCCAGUUGCAGGCCAGCAACAUUGCUCUAAACAAUGAGCUAGAGCAGCUGAAGGCCAGCAAGGAGCAGUUGCAGACUAAUAACAACGCCUUGUCUAAGGGCAAUGACUUGCUGCAACAAAAGUAUGAUUCAUUGGUCAAGAGCAAAAAGAGCCUGCAGGCCAACUGUGACACAGUGACCAAAGAGAGGGACCUUUUGCAAAACAAAUUCAAUAACGCCACAGGGUCUAAAGAGAAGCUGCAAAUGAGUUACAACAGCCUGAUUGUUGAUAUUGAACACCUGCAGCAGCGUUACAACUCCUCCUCCAGUGAGAAAGACGACAUUGCCAACAGUCACCGAAAUGUGACAUUGGAAAAAGACAUCUUGGAGGCCGCAUACGUGACACUCAGCAAAGCCGCAGAUGAGCUGCUCGCCUCCUAUAAUUCCACCAUUGAAGAGAAACGAGGACUUGAAAACUCGUUGAAAAAUGUGUCGAAGGAGAGAGACCAGCAGAGGACCGUCAUCACCAAUCUGACUGCUGAGGUAGAACAGCUGAGGGCUACCAUCACGGAGCUGAACGCAACUAAAGUUAAAACCUGUCCAAUUGGCUGGAAGAAGUUUGAGACAAACUGCUAUUAUAGUUCUAUUUCGACCAAGAAGACAUGGUACCUAAGCAGAAGCUACUGUCAAGGAAAAGGAGCUGACCUGGUAAUCAUAAACAGCAAAGACGAAAUGGAGUUUGUUAAUGGUAUGUUUUCAAACAACAAGGAGGUCUGGAUUGGACUAAAUGAUCAGGGUGUGGAGGGCCAGUGGAAGUGGGUGGAUGGGACCACCCUGACCACAGCGUAUUGGGCUGAUAACCAGCCUAACAGUUACAAUGGAGACCAAGACUGUGUGGAGUUUUGGCACCGCUCAUCAGGAAAUGCCGAAUGGAACGAUGAAAAAUGUAGCUCACAGAGAAAUUGGGUGUGUGAGAAGUAGUCGAUAUAUUUACAAUUUGAGUGACACAUUUGUAAAGCUUAUAUCUGAAGAGUACAGGUGGUCCUCGGUCUACAAAGAGUUCUGUUCCUACGGUACGUGACAUUAGUUGAAUUUUGGAAUAUGCCAGUACGCGCAAUUUAAAUAAGAAAGAACGCAGACUCCAGGCCCUAUUUCCCAAUAUAACGUUUUGAAAAACAUUUCUAAUCAUGAAUCCAGUUGGUGAUUCGGAUCAACCCAAAAACUCAAUAACUUGUUCCUUAUUUCACUUAUAUGACAUCACAUCAAGAGGCGGUGAUAUAUUGCGUUAUCUGGACACCAGGUGUCUUUUAAUGCGGCCCAUUGGCAACGCUAACAUCAGUAACAAGUCAGCAUGUAAAUACUUCGCCUUCUCGCAAAUGAUAGCCACGAAAAUGCUAACUACAGAUUCCAUCAAGCAAAUUACAAAACCAGUGAAGUCUGCAGAUUGUGUAAAUCAUAAAAACAGAAUACAAUGAUUAGCAAAUCCUUUUCAAUUUAUAUUCAUUUGAAUGGACUGCAAACACAAGAUAUUUAAUGUUCAAAUUGAGAAACAAUUUUUUUUUGCAAAUAAUCAUUAACAAAGAAUUUAAUGGCAGCAACACGUUGCAAAAAAGUUGGCACAGGGGCAUUUUUACCACUGUGUUACAUGGCCAUUCCUUUUAACAGCACUCAGUAAACGUUUGGGAACUGAGGAGUCCGGUUUUUGAAGCUUUUCAGGUUGGAAUUCGUUCCCAUUCUUGCUUGAUGUAAAGCUUAAGUUGUUCAACGGUCCGGGGUCUCCGUUGUGGCAUUUUACGCCUAAUAAUGCGCCACACAUUUUCAAUGGAAGUCAGGUCUGGACUACAGGCAGGCCAGUUUAGUACCCGCACUCAUUUACUAUGAAGCCACGCUGUAACAGGUGGCUUGUCAUUGUCUUGCAGGGGCGUCCAUGAUAACGUUGCUUGGAUGACAACAUAUGUUGCUCCAAAACCUGUAUGUACCUUUCAGCAUUAAUGGUGCCUUCACAGAUGUGAAAGUCACCCAUGCCUUUGGCACUCAUACACCUCCAUACCAUCACAGAUGCCAACUUUUGAACUUUGCGCUUAUAACAAUCUGGAUGGUUAUUUUCCUCUUUGGUCCAGAGGACACAAAGUCCACAGUUUCCAAAAACAAUUUCAAAUCUGGACUAGUCAGACGAGCAGCAUGGUGGAAGAGGGGCUAGUGCGUCUGCCUCACAAUAUGAAGGUCCUUAGUAGUCCUGGGUUCAAUCCCAAGCUCGGGAUCUUUCUGGGUGGAGUUUGCAUGUCCUCCCUGUGACUGUGUGGGUUCCUUCCGAGUACUCCGGCUUCCUCCCACUUCCAAAGACAUGCACCUGGGGAUAGGUUGAUUGGCAACACUAAACUGGCCCUAGUGUGUAAAUGUGAGUGUGAAUGUUGUCUAUCUGUGUUGGCCCUGCGAUGAGGUGGUGACUUGUCCAGGUUGUACCCCGCCUUCUGCUCUAUUGUAGCUGAGAUAGGCGCCAGCGCCCCCCGCGACCCCAAAGGCAAUAAGCGGUAGAAAAAUGGAUGGACUUGUCAGACCACAAAACACUUUUCCACUUUGCAUCAGUCCAUCUUAGAUGAGCUCAGGCCCAGCGAAGCCGGCGGCGUUUCUGGGUGUUGUUGAUAAAUGGCUCUGCAUAGUAGAGUUGUAACUUGCACUUACAGAUGUAGCGAUGAACUUUGGUUACUGACAGUGGUUUUCUGAAGUGUUCCUUUUUGAUGCAGUACCGCCUGAGGAAUUGAAGGUCUGAAAUAUCAUCGCUUACGUGCAGCAAUUUCUCCAGAUUCUCUAAACCUUUUGAUGAUAUUACGAUCAAUUAUGAUUAUGGUCAAUUCCCUAAAUUAUUUGCAAUAGCUCAUUGAGAAAUGUUGUUCUUAAACUGUUCGUCAAUGGGCUCACAGAUUUGUAAACAAAAUGGUGACCCUCGCCCCAUCCUUGUUUGUGAAUGAAAGCUUUAAUGCCCAAUCAUGGCACCCACUUGUUCCCAAUUAGCCUAUUCACCUGUAGGAUGUUUCAAAUAAGUGUUUGAUGAGCAUUCCUCAACUUCAACAGUCCUUUUUGCCACUUGUGCCAGCUUUUUUGAAACGUGUUGCCGGCAUCUAAUUCCAAAUGAGCUAAUAUUUGCAAAAAAUAACAAUGUUUUUUUGUUUGAACGUUAAGUAUCUGAUCUUUGCAAUGUAUUCAAUUGAAUAUAGGUUGAAAAAGAUUUUAAAAUAAUUGUAUUUUGUUUUUAUUUUUGAUUUACACAAUGUGCCAACUUAACUGGUUUUGGGGUUUGUAUUUUGAACUUGGUCCAGAACUUUUUCAUGCCACAGUUGUCCGAGAGACACAAUGAAACACUGAAUAAAGUUAGCGACAGUCUGCCGUCCCCCACAAUAACAUAGCUGACACAGUCCGAAUCAGCCCCCAAAGCUAUUCACUUGUUCCUCGUCCUAUUUCUGACAUUUUCCGAAGGUUUCAUCAAAAUCCCCCCACAGCAUUUUGAGCUAUGUUGCUAACUAUCUUAGGCAGUUCCAGGGAGUGGUAAUGAACAUUUAAGUUAUUCACACUAUACAGGACAGAAAGUGCCAAUAACGAAACAACUUUGCUGCUUAUUUAUCAGCUGUUUAAAGAUGCCAUUGUUGUCCUUCAUGAUACAGUAGCUGCUGUGUUUGACCGGCUUGGACCGAGCAACACAAGUAAAAGGCCUUUUUCCACCAAAAGUUGAACUUUUGGUUCUUUGAACUAAAGUUUCUGUCGAAGUGUGUGGUUUGGAUUUCCACCAUAUUUACCAGUUCAGGUAGUUUAUAAAAAAUCUGUCUGACGACGUAUGGAUGAGUAUAUUUCUACAUUGAUGCCAUGUAAAUAAACAGACAAUACUAGUUGUGUGAAUGCUUCAAUAGUUUUCUACACCAAAAUUCAUAUAUUUAUUCUUCUACUUCUUCUUCUUUUUGUCUUCCACAUUUUUCAUUCGAUUCGAACUGUUCCAACUUCAAACUGUUCAACCUAUUCGGGAAUCGCGGGCUUUCCCUUGACAAAUUCCAAAAAUUUACAUAUUUCCCAGAUUUCUAGGUUUUUCGGGACAUUUUCCCCAUUCAAAAUUAAUUGGCCAUUUUUCAAACUUCCCCCAUUUCGAAAUUUUUAAUUGAGUCAAACCAUUCCACCUUCAACACAUUCCACUUAUCCUGGAAAUUCAAACUAUUAUUUUUCCAAGUUAAAAAAAUUCCAGGAAUUCCACAAUUCCCACAUUUUUCAUCCGAUUCAAACUCCAGAAUAGCGUAUUUCCUUGAAUUGCCACCGGGGCGCUAACUAAUUUAAAACCUCUUCUCACCCCUGCGCUUACCAAAGGCAUGCGGUAAAAGUAAGCAUGCGCUAAUUAAUUUAAAACCUCUUCUGACUCCAAAGGCAUGCAGUAAAAAAUGGAUUGAGAUGAAAAGCACAUUUAAUAAAAAAAACGUUAUUGAUGUCUUACCUUUAUGUAACACGUGUCAAAUACAUACAUACAUUGGUGGAGACUAUUAGGCUCUUGCCUUUCUAUUUACUCUUUGCGCGCUUCCUAGUCACGUGACCGCCGCAGUCCAAUCAGCUGUAGUCGUAUGCCGGUAGCAAGAAGUGACUGGUAUGCUCUUGCUCUAUUUACUCUUUGGAAACUCGGUGCUCUCUCCCUGUCACAUGACGAGGGAGAGAGCACCCUCUCCCUCGUCACGUGACGAGGGAGUUCCCAGGCCAACUCCAGCAUGCCCUGCCUGUCUGUCGGACCCUGGGCUCCACAGGUAUAUUAAUAAAACAUAGCUGCUUACUGUUCUUUUUAACUUUCAAUAGCUUGGACCUUAAAUCCUACUGAAUAGCUCUUAAUUGUCUUCCCUUUAUGCAAUUUCAAAUUACCGGUAUUGAAAUCAGCCUCCUCCAUUUUGAAAAUGAUGACAGGGGAAAUGUCACUCGUGACGUCCAAAAUUCACACAUUUUUCAACCUAUUCAAACCAUUCCAACAAAAACACGUUCCACUCAUCCAACUAACACUUUUCCAAGUUGUAAACCAAAUUCCGUUUUUUUCCUGGAAUUCUUACAUUCCUUCUACAUUCUAUCAGCAUUUCAGUUCAACUUCAGGAAUGGAGCAUUCACAAGCAAUUCCUUCAGGAAUUGCCUCAUAUAGUUAAUAGAUAAUUUACUAAAAUGUAAGUGAAUAAAAACCAAAACAAUAACAAACACAAAAUGCACUGGGUUUUUACAUAAAAAGUCAGCUUUUUAUCUACAAUGUUUAACAGUCAGAAACUCGUCCCCUUAGUAAAUGAUGAGUUCAUGAAGGCCAGGAGAGUCCUUAUGGUCCAUUUCAGCUGUAAAUAACAAUGUAUAAAUAAUGAAUGUCAGUUUUUCCAACACGGCAAGAACAUAAACACAUCUGAUUUAGCAUUAGCUAUUGGUUCAUUUAGGUUGAGACAAAUAACUACACAAAUAGUGUAUCACUGACUACUGUUCACUGCAUGCACUGUAACACAGUAAAAAUGUAUAUUUGAUGGGAUUUACCUCUGUUCCACUUGUCCUUCAUUUCACAUUUCUCUUCAAACUACAAGGUCAUAGUUCCAGACAGCAGCUCGCCCAGCAAUUUUUGAGUCUGGCUGAAUACUUCAUAUUUCUCUGUAAAUAGUUUUAAAAGAGUAUGUCUGCAUCUUGUAGCUUUGCAUAUUGAAAUUAAGUUUGUAAAAAUUCAUAAACAACCUUAAACUGCGACCUAAUUCAAAGACUAUGGCUGACAAAAAACACCGCAAGAUAGUUCCACAAACAUGGAAUUUUGUAAAAGGAGGACCACCUGCAGUUGUUUUGGCUCGCUCAAAAAGAAACCGUUGCAUUUUUUAUUUGAUAUUUUUUUAGAUGUACCAACUAGAAAAAAACUGAAACAACGGGGAUAACAGUAAUCGUCUACAAUCUUAUUUACAAAUAUUAUUGAAUUUUGUAUCACUGCAGUACAUUUUGAGUUUAGUUCUCUUGCUUCAGCUUCUUACCUCAAUCUUUGUUAAUCAUGGAUGUAUAACAAUGACUUAAUUUGUAAAUUAAAACAAAGAUUGAAUUAAAUAA